UUUUUUUUUCAUCAAAACCUAAUUAUAAUUUUUUUAUAAUUAAAUCAAAUUUGAUAUUCUAUUUUAAAAUGGUUUCUAAGGUUGUUCUGCUAUUAUGUCUUUUGGCUAUUGUUCUCUUUAUCUCUUCUGAGGUCGCAGCUAAAGACUCCACCCAAACUUCUACUACUUCUCAAGAUAUUAAGGAUAAGAAAGUUGACACCGAAAUAGAGGAUGCAAAGCACAGAAGAUUUCCAGGUGGCGGAUACGGUGGUGGAUAUCCUCGCAGAGGGUAUCCUGGAAGAGGAUACGGCCGUGGGAAUCCUGGAGGAGGGUAUCCUGGAGGAGGAUACGGUGGGAAUCCCGGAGGAGGGUAUCCUGGAGGAGGAUACGGUGGGAAUCCUGGAGGAGGUUACGGUGGGAAUCCCGGGGGAGGGUAUCCUGGAGGUGGGUACGGUGGGAAUCCUGGGGGAGGGUACGGUGGCUACCCAGGUGGUGGUCGUGGAGGAGGUGGGUAUGGAGGCGGAGGUGGACCUGGAGAAGAAUGUAAUAACGGUUGCUGCUACCGUGGAUACAAUGGCUGCAGUAGAUGUUGUGAUUAUGCUGGUCAGGCCGUUCAAACACACUUUCACAACAAGCCUCUUUCUCCUUAACCACAAAAUAUUUCCUACAACCAAUUUAUUCUUUUCAAGCCAAUUUUAAUUUAAUCUUUUAAUUAAAAUUAAUUUAAGUAGGCCUUUGUGCCUUUGGCUUAUUCAGUUAUCAGGCAGUUGUUUUCAUAGGUUAUUAUAUCAGGUACGAGUGAGGUGUAUUAUCAAUUACCAGGUAUAUAUAUGUCGUAUAUGUGUGGUGUUUGCGUGA